GGUGUCACGGAAGGCUACAAUGGCACCAUCUUUGCCUGUGGCCAGAGUGGCAGUGGGAAGUCAUUCACCAUGCAGGGAGUUGUGGAUCCUUCCUCACAAAAAGGGAUCCUUCCCAGGGCAUUUGAACACAUCUUUGAGAGCACACAGUGUGCUGAACAUGCCAAGCUCUGGCUGAGAGCCUCCUACCUGGAGAUCUACAGUGAGGACAUACGAGACCUUCUAGGAGCUGACACCAAGCAGAAGCUGGAGCUGAAGGAGCACCCAGAGCAGGGGGUGUUCGUGAAGGGGCUGUCCCUGCACGCCGUGCCCAGCGUGGCACAGUGUGAGCAGCUGGUGGACACGGGCUGCAGGAACAGAGCAGUGCUCUUCACCCUCAUGAACAAGGACUCCUCCCGGCCCCACUCUGCCUUCACUGUCAGGAUGGAAAUCUGCACUGGAGAUGAGCGAGGGCAGGACCACCUUAGGGCUGCCAAACUCAACUUAGUGGAUCUGGCAGGAAGUGAGAGACAGUCAAGAACUGGUGCCACGGGGGAGCGGCUCAACGGGGCCACCAAAACCAACCUCUCCCUGUCCGCCCUGGGCAACGUCAUCUCGGCCCUGGUCGAUGGCAGGUGCAGACACAUUCCCUCCCGAGACUCCAGGCUGACCAGGCUGCUCCAGGACUCCCUGGGAGGGAACACCAGGACCCUGAUGGUGGCGUGCGUGUCUCCGGCUGAUGACAGCUGUGAGGAAAGCCUCAGCACCCUGCGCUAUGCAAAUCCAGCCAAGAACAUCAGGAACAAGCCCUGCAUCAACGAGGACCCCAAGGAUGUGCUGCUGAGGGAAUAUCAGGAGGAAAUUAAGAAGCUGAAGGCCAUUCUGGCUGAACACAUGGGCACAAGUGACUUGUCGGGGUGUCUACCUGCUGAGGCUGCUCACCUGGGAGCAAAUCCAGCUCCCUGCCUCAAACCCCAGGUGGAUCUGGAAGCAGAGAAGCAGCUGAUCGGAGAAGAGUACAAGGAGAGGCUGGCCCGGCUCCAGGCCAGCUACCAAGCGGAGCAGGCGCCCCGCACCCACCUGGAGAAGGACAUCAGCAGCCUGAGGGAUGACUUUGAUCUCAAGGUGUCUGUUCUCAAGGAUCUCCUCAGGAAGGAAGCAGCUGACACAUGGACUAGAACGACCUCUGGCCAGACACCUUCACAUGAAGCUGGUGUUGCUUCAGCGCAGGAAGAGCCAAUGUCAGCCCAGCACUCAGCACCACCUGGCACUGUCACAGACACUGGUGGAGUGAGCAGGGGCAGUGCUGGAGCAGUGGGAGCUGUCACUGCCCCGGGGAUUUCCCUGCCUGCAGACCAGCAGCUGGUGCUUGCCAGGCUGCAGAUGCUGGAGCAGCAGGCGGUCGGAGGAGAGAGAACAGCUCAAAACAAGGACCUGAAGGAAAAGCACAAACGCCGGAAGAAAUACGCGGACGAGCGGAGGCUGCAGCUGGUGGCUGCACUGCAGGAAUCCAACCAGGACAGCAGUGAGCGGGCUCUCCUCAACGUCUACGACUCCAUCCAGGAGGAGGUUCGAGCCAAGAGCAAGAUGCUGGAGAAGGUGCAGGAAAAGCUCCGGGCUGGCCAGACCGAGAUCAAAGAGCUGCAGCUGGAGUUUGGGCUGGAAAAGAUGGAUUAUCUGAGCACCAACCAGCGCCAGGAGCGGGACCUGAUGCUCUGCCAGCAGCUGCUGGAUCAGGUGCAGUCCCUCGUCCAGCGCGACUGCAACUACAGCAACCUGGAGAAGAUCAGGCAUGAAUCCGUCUGGGAUGAGGAGAGCGGCUGCUGGAAAAUUCCAGAGCCUGAUAUUCAAAAAACCCACCUGCCCGCAGCAGUGCCGGUCUUCCCACAGCCCAAACCUGCCCGGACAAGCCCCUCGAAUGAGAGCGGGGACGUUUCCCACCUGGACCACUGCAGGCUGGUGCUGGACAGGAGCGACAGCGAGACCACCGCCAGCAACUACUUCCGAUGCCGGCGAGCCGGCCAGAUCCUGCACCCAGACCAAGCUCCCGCAGGCUCCGAGGGAGCUCCGAGCAGCGCCUGCACCAUCCCCCAGCCCCGACCCUUCCGCCUGCAGUCCCUCGCCUUGGCUGCCACCGCCGACACCAAGCGCAGGAGGGGCAAAGGCGGCUCCGGCAAAGGCCGCUCCGGCAAAGGCGGCUCCGGCAAAGCCGCUUUUGGCCCACCGCGGUGUCCGAGAGCAGAGGGCGGCGGGGCCCUCCCUCACUUCUCCCUCCCUCCUCCCCCGGGCGGCGGCGUUUGCGCUGCGUGCCGGCGCCGCGGAGCUGUCUGUCGCUGAUUGGCUUGGGGCUGCGGGGCGCUGGCGCUGAUUGGCUGGAGGCUGCGCGGCGCUGCGCUGAUUGGCUGGAGGCUGCCCGCUUCUGAGGUGGU